AUGUGGAUCCAGGAGACAGACAGACAGACAGACAGACAGACAGAGCUCCCACAGCAGAGUGUCUGUAAGGAGGAGGAGGAGGUUCAGGAGAGGAGCUCCACUGUGGACCAGGAGGACCCCGAGCCUCCACACAUCAAAGAGGAGCAGGAGGAGCUGUGUAAGGAGGAGCUGGUCCUGAAGCAGGAGACAGACGCGUUUAUAUGGAACCCUUCAUACGAGGACAGCGAGCAUGACGAGGAUCAGACGGUGACCUUCAGUCCUGAUGAGACGGCAGAGGACGAGUCUGGAGGACACAUCCCCAGUAUUAGCUUUGUGCUAACAGAUCCAAACAGAGAGCAGCAGCUCCGUCCCCACAGCUCCCAUCAGCCUGAGAGACAGAGGCACACAGGAGGCGGGGACGGAGAAGCGGGGUCAACCAGAGACGCACACGCACAACCAAAGACUCAACAUCACGUCAACCAAAGUCACAGCAACAACAUGGCCAACAUGCCGGGGACAUACCACCACACAGGGAAGAAGUCCUUCAGGUGUGACACCUGUGGGAAGGACUAUAAGUACAGGUCCCUGCUGCAGAGACACCUGAGGACACACACAGGUGAGAAGCCGUUCACCUGUAAGAUCUGCGGGAAAGGUUUAAAGAGCAGCACGACGCUGACCGUCCACAUGAGGACACACACCGGAGAGAAGCCGUACGUCUGUAAGAUCUGCGGGAAGAGAUUCUGUGAUGUUUCGGCACUCAUCGUCCACAUGAGGAUCCACACAGGUGAGAAGCCAUACACCUGUAACACCUGUGGGAGGGCCUUCAGACUGGGCGGCGACCUGACCGUCCACAUGAGGACGCACACAGGCGAGAAGCCGUACGUCUGCAAGAUCUGCGGGAAGAGAUACGUCGGCGCAUCCAAUCUGGCGAGACACAUAAGAUCACACACGGACAAGUAG